AUGGGCGACAUUCCUGAGCCAGAAGCUGCCAUGGGCGUGCCGGAGCCGUCGUCCAGCCUGGCACUUCGAGUCUUCUACCUGAGGGUGAGCAGGUGCGAGGUCGACGAGUCCAUGCUGGGCACUCUCACCCUCACCCACACCCCGCUCACUCCCGACACCAUCCUGGACGUGAGCGGCGCCGACCGCCAGCCAGGCAUCAUCAGCAACGGCAACGGCAACGGCAAGGGCAGCAGCGUGUCAUUCGCCCUCCGCCGAGACUGCGCCGACAAGAGAUCGGAGGAAGCCACCUUCGUGUGCACGGCGACCGUCAGGGUGUCCGGCAGCGUGCGGUUCGAGGUCCAGAGCAAGGACGAGAGGAUCAUCGUCGGGAUCCUGGAGGAGUGCGACUGCGACGUGGACAGCAGCAAGGGCGCCACCACCAAGAGCUGGGUGAUGAAGUGCCAGGUGGCGACGCAGCGCGGCUCGGGGUUCCUGAGGUGCGGGUGCGGCGGCGGCUGGGAGAGGGACACGAAGCCGCCCGUGGUGGAGGUGUACGUCGCAGGCGUGUUCCGGGGCACGCCGGUCGUGUUCACCAGGGCCAUGCAGCUGCGGUUCAGGCGGCGGCGCCAGGUGAAGGCGUUCAUGGACCCGAUCCCGGAGUGCGGCGAGCAGGUGGAGGACAUGAAAGAAACGCCUCCCAAGCAUCACCCAGAGGAAUCGGAUUACAGGUGCUACAAGCCCGACCCGGACGCGGACGACGACGACGGCAGCCUCUACACGAGGUCCGACGGGGUUGACGACGGCGAGGAGUACAGCGAGCUGUCAUGGUUCACCGCUGGCGUGAGGGUCGGCGUCGGCAUCAGCCUGGGCAUCUGCCUCGGCGUCGGCAUCGGCGCCGGCCUCCUGGUCCGUUCGUACCAGUCCACCUCGAGGACCCUCAAGCGGCGGCUCAUCUCAAACCUGCUCUGA